UUUAUUUAUUUAUUUGUUUAUUUUUAUUUAUUAUUUUUUUUUUUCAAACGUGAAAUCCUUAGACCACCAUUCUCUACUCUCCAGUCAUGGCUCCUUGUGAUAUCUGACUUCUUCAUAAGCUGAAGAUGUUAUUGUUAGGAUUCCAAUUUGAGAGCCAAGAAAACAUCAUACAGAACACAAUGGCACACCUAGUACCCAUUUCAGAACAGAUGUUUACAGUUAUGUGAAGACUACUGGGCUAAGUGUUCAGAGACACAUUUUGAAGGAUAUGAGAGUUAAGAGCCAAGCCCUGUUUUGCUCCUUUGCCUGACGUCAGAUACUCUUAAUGUUCAUUCUUAUAAAUCAAAGUGAUCCAAGUUAACUAAGAUUAAUCUUAUAUGCAUUAAAAAUCAUGAGUCAUCCUAUUUGGCUUGAAGAACAUCUCAUGGCUGUGCACAAAUUAGUAUCAACUCUUCCCUAGAAAAGCUCAUCCAUGGAAUGAAUGCACUGAUAUCAGUAUUUUUUUUUUUUUUUCCUCUCAAUAUCUUUGGUAUUUUCCUGAUGUGUGAGCAAGAGAAGUGCAUGUUAGAAAUUCAGAUAAGGCAGUCUUUCAUGAGCCCUGUAAAAUAAUAGGGAGCAUCUUACUGUAUGUAUUUCAGUGUGGGAACACUUAGUCUAAAUCUUGUAUUCCUUGUGUAGUUUCUUCAUUCUAAGAGACACUUUUUUCUUGCUGGCAGACACUGUUCCUGUGUGUGUGUGUGUGUGUGUGUGUGUGUGUGUGUGUGUGUGUGUGUUCAUUAUAUAUAUAUAUAUAUAUAUAUAUAUAUAUAUAUAUAUAUAUAUAUAUAUAUAUAUAUAUAUAUAUAUAUAUAUAUAUAUAUAUAUAUAUAUAUAUAUAUGAAUAUAGUCAGCCCUUGUCAAAAAAUAUGUAGAUUAUGUAAUCUAGAAAUGGGUAUAAUAUUCAAAUGUCUGCCUGAGACAUCACAAAAUCACAGUUGCACAAAUCACCUUUAUGAUGUUUUGACUUGCAAUAUUUCUAACUUGAAAUGAGUUUACCAUAAUAUAACCCAUUUUGAGUCAGGUUCAGAGAAUUCCACCAGGCACAAAUUUUGCUGUGCAUGAUAGAGUCAGAAAUCAGACUUAGAGAGAGAGAGAGAGAGAGAGAGAGAGAGAGACACACACACACACACACACACACACACACACACACACUUUUUAUUUUAACAUUUUCUUUGAAUGCCAACUGGUAAUGUCUGAGAGUCCAGCCUUGACAUAAGAUGAAAGCAAUAUUGAUGGGAUCCUUACUUUCAAGUUGUAUUUUGCAGAAAAAACAAUACAGUUAAAAGUAAACUGUUUUGCUGAUGUAGCACUACCUGUGCUAUGGACAGUGUUGUUCACCAAGCCAAGAUAGAAAUGGCAAGACUUUGGUCCACUAAUGUCUUAAGUACUCUGUAAAUAACCCAGUGUUAUGUUUUUUUUUUUUUUUUUUUUUUUUUUUUUUCAUUUGAAUAUGUUUAGUAAAAAACAAUGUAAUAUUCAAGAGUCACUUUCAGAGAUCUCAUUCUUCAGAAAGUACCAUUUUUCAUUACUAUAUAGUAUAUGUCUCACUUUUGUUGGUAUCAUUUUCCCAAACUUUGAUUCAGCACAAUUAAACUUUAUAAUUACUACUCUAGUUUUGAAUGCAAAAAUUAUUGAUAUAAACGAUAAAGGUAAAGUAGUACUAUUAAAGGCAGUUAUGAAAUAGAAGAAAAGUGACAUAUUUGGCAGUUAAGGAGUUUUAUGUCACCAGCAUAGUUGGACUGUUCCUUCAGAACACUCUCAUCUACUUGUAGAUUCAUCAUUAAUGGAAGUUCUUCAAACAAAUAUCUUGCAGUUUAUACACACAUUUUCUGCAAACUGUAACUGGGAAAGAAAGUGUGCCUUGGGAUUUUAAAAAAUCAGGAUGCCUUUAGAAGAUGCAUAUUUUGUUAGAUUGGCAGAGUAAUUGUGCAAAUAACAUGCAUAAUAGGUAUGUUGAAAAGUGGCUUUGUUUAAUAGGAUACAUCACCUCUAAUUAAGCCACCAGUUACAUUCUAAUGGUCAUGAUAUAUACUGAUUACAUUCCUCAUUACAUUCUCUCUCUCUCUCUCUCUCUCUCUCUCUCUCUCUCUCUCUCUCUCUCUCUCUCUCUCUCUCUCUCUCUCUCUCUCUCACCUUUUUAUGAGUCUUUAGUAAGAAAUUAUCUAGAGUAUCUCAUACUUCAAGCUAAAAACAUAUGCAGUGAUUUUUAAGAUAACUAAUGGCAUGAAUUUUUUUUUAAUGUAUGAAGGUACUUUGAUUUCUCAUGGAAAUGUAACAUAAAAAAUGGAUAAUUAAGAUUUUACAUAACUUUCAAAAAUUCUCACAAUCAUUUUUUUUAGUAUAACAGAUCCAAAAUGCCUUGCAAAGUGGUGCCAUACUGCUACUUAUAUUCCAUAUAAAUGUUUCACAGGCACUGCAUGAUGUUGCAUGGGGUUAUGUUUAAAGGUCUAGUGUACUGAGAAUUUAGUCUUGAAAAUAGAUAUCAUAAUUAUUCCUCAAUGAUUUUACUUUUAUUGCUUAAUCUAAAACAUGCUAUUCAGUGAUCCAUUAGUAUGUCAGAAAUUGCUUUUGGAAGAUAUGAUUGUGUUUUCCUUUGACACAAAAAAUAGAUCUUGAAAAGUUUUUGAAUUGGGAUAAUGAAGGCUCAUUAAAUUAUGUUGUGUUGACUCAUGAGCUUCCUUCUAUCUUUAUUCUGUAAGAUCUGUGACCUGGAGUGGAAUCUCCUGACAAAGAUGCUGAGAUUGUGGGUAAGGUGGGUAACAUGAAAACAGGAAUGUGAGGGGAAUAGGUUGUGACUCACCAGAAAAGGGUAGUCUCAGCAUUGUGUCAGGGAACAGGCAUUCACUAGUGAUAUGCUCUGAGACUAUGUAGUUCAGGACAAAUUAUCACUGCCAGUCUUGUUUUAAUAUUAACUGUUGCUCAUAAUGUGUGUGAUAAAGUAAAGUGAUAUAUACAACAUAUAUCUCACAGACCAGCUUGUUUUUGCCAUUACAUGUAAUAUAUUUAUUUUGCCUCCUCAUUGUAUAACCUUGUAAAUAUCCCUUUUGUAAAGGAUCACCUGUUAGGGCUCCAGCAGGUGACAGAUACUUGCUGAAUUAAGCUUUCUGUAUAUUGACUUUAGAUACAAAUUAAAGAGAAAUAUUAAAUUAU